AUGGGAGGAGAAUUUGGCUGCUCCCUCGAGGAGCUGCGAAAUCUGAUGGAAUAUCGUGGAGCUGAGGCUCGAGAUAAGAUUGCGAAUGAUUACGGCGGUAUUGAAGGAUUAUGCAAGUCGUUGAAAACAUCUGUAGUAGAUGGCUUACCGAGUGAUGAACAGGUUUUGCAAAGACGUCGCGCUGUUUUUGGUUCUAAUGAAAUACCACCUCACCCACCUAAGUCUUUACUGAGGCUAAUAUGGGAAGCACUGCAAGACAUGACCUUAGUGAUUCUUCUUGUUUGUUCCAUAUUUUCACUAGCGCUCCCUUUCCUAAAUCCACCAUCUGCAGGUAAAAUGAUGAAUCAUUUCUUCGCUAAUUGGAUUGAAGGUGUUGCAAUUCUUCUCUCUGUUGUGGUAGUUGUACUAGUUACUGCUCUUAACGAUUAUCAGAAGGAGAGGCAGUUUAGAGGGUUACAAGCUAAAAUUGAAACCGAACACAAAUUUUCUGUUGUUCGAGGGGGUCAGGAAAAGGAAGUUUUAGUCAAGGAGCUGGUUGUAGGGGAUAUUGCUCAUGUAAAAUACGGUGAUCUUUUACCAGCAGAUGGUAUACUGUUGCAAAGCAACGAUUUAAAAGUCGAUGAGUCGUCUUUGACCGGGGAAUCCGACUUAAUCCGAAAGGAUCCUGAUCAUGAUCCAGUGUUACUUUCGGGUACUCACGUAAUGGAAGGUAGUGGCAAGAUGCUUGUGACCGCGGUAGGCGUAAAUUCACAAACAGGUAUAAUCAUGUCUUUGCUAGGAGCUGCUAAGGAUGUAGUUGAGCAGGAGAGGAAGGCAACAAAAAGAGAUGUUCUUAUAUUUAGCUGGUGGCUUUUUUUGGAGGUGUCUUUAAAUGUUCCGCCUGACUCAAAUUUUGUUUCAGCUCAGACCGAAACAGAUGGUUCUGCUUCUGCAACGGCUGAAGGACACAAAGAAGGCAUUAAAGGGGUCAAGGGAGGUGCUGAAGAAGAGAAAGGGGGUGAUGAGGAUGAGGAAGCAAAAAAGGACCGUUCUGUUUUACAGGCAAAGCUUACCAGACUGGCAAUCCAAAUUGGAUACGCUGGUUCGUUCAUAGCUUUGUGCACUGUACUGAUUCUGAUAAUACGGUACUGUGUACAGCAUUAUGCUAUCGAUAAGGAAUCUUUCAAACUCGGUGACUUGCGUCAUUUUGUCGGUCAUCUAAUUAUUGGUGUAACUGUUCUUGUAGUAGCGGUACCUGAAGGAUUGCCACUGGCAGUCACUUUGUCUUUGGCUUACUCAGUUAAAAAGAUGAUGAAAGAUAACAAUCUUGUACGUCAUCUGGACGCCUGUGAAACCAUGGGAAAUGCAACCAGUAUUUGUUCAGAUAAAACUGGAACUCUUACUACAAAUCGGAUGACAGUUGUGCAAAGCUAUAUCAACGAGGUUCAUCAUAAGGAAACUCCAUGGUUUGACAAAUUAGACAAAGAGACGAGGAAGUUGAUGUUGGAUUGUAUAUGCAUUAACAGUAAUUACACUUCUCAAGUCAUCCCUCCAGAAACGCCGGGUGGUUCGAUAACUCAGCUUGGCAACAAGACCGAGUGUGCGCUGCUUGGCUUCGUUGUGGCUUUAGAACAGAAUUAUAAAGCAAUCAGGGACAAACACCCUGAAAGCACCUUUUUUAAGGUUUACACUUUCAAUUCAGUCCGGAAGUCUAUGUCAACCUUUGAUGAAGACCAAGAGGGCUAUCGGGUGUUUAGCAAAGGCGCUUCUGAAAUCAUAUUAAAAAAGUGCCGCUGGUUUAUUGGAAAGGAUGGUGCACUGACAAAGUUUUCUCAGAAGGACUACGAUCGCUUGGUCACAAAUGUUAUUGAACCAAUGGCAUCAGAUGGGUUGCGCACUAUCUGUUUGGCGUACAAAGACUACGUCCGAGGUUUGAAAACAGCUGAAAAUCAGAUUAAUUUUGAUGGUGAAAUUGAUUGGGAUAACGAGGAUGCUAUUAUUAAUGACCUGACAGCUAUCGCAAUUGUUGGUAUUCAAGAUCCUGUCAGGCCAGAAGUACCAGAGGCCAUAUCUAAAUGUCAGCGUGCUGGUAUAACUGUUAGAAUGGUAACUGGCGAUAACAUUAAUACAGCGAGAUCUAUUGCCACUUCCUGUGGAAUUCUUAAACCUGGCGAAGACUUCAUUGCACUGGAAGGAAAAGAAUUUAAUGCCAGGAUUCGAAAUGAAAAGGGAGAAGUGGUGCAAGAAAAACUUGAUGCUAUCUGGCCUAAAUUGCGUGUUUUAGCUAGAGCGCAGCCAAGUGACAAGUACACUUUAGUUAAAGGCAUUAUUGAUAGCAAAAUAACAGAGAACAGAGAAGUUGUUGCUGUUACUGGUGAUGGGACGAAUGAUGGACCAGCACUAAAGAAAGCUGAUGUUGGCUUUGCUAUGGGCAUUGCAGGAACGGAUGUGGCCAAAGAAGCCUCAGAUAUUAUUCUUACCGAUGACAAUUUCACUUCAAUAGUAAAAGCUGUAAUGUGGGGUAGAAAUGUGUACGACUCCAUUGCAAAAUUUCUUCAGUUCCAGCUCACUGUCAAUGUUGUUGCAGUAGUGGUUGCUUUCGUCGGUGCCUGUGCCGUAAAUGACUCUCCCUUAAAAGCUGUACAAAUGUUAUGGGUAAAUCUUAUUAUGGAUACGUUGGCUUCGUUGGCUUUGGCUACUGAAAUGCCAACUGAGGAGCUUUUGCAACGUAAACCUUAUGGUCGAACGAGUCCUCUUAUUUCUCGUACGAUGAUGAAAAAUAUAAUUGGUCAUGCGGUUUACCAACUGGCUGUUCUUUUCGUACUGGUAUUUUACGGCGACAAAAUUUUCUCAAUCGAAAGUGGACGCAAUAAUGAAUCCGGUCUUCCUACAACCCAUUUCACAAUGGUGUUCAACUCUUUCGUUCUCAUGACUCUUUUCAAUGAGUUAAAUGCACGAAAAAUUCAUGGAGAGCGAAACAUUUUCAAGGGACUUUUCUCGAACUCUAUUUUUUACACUAUAUGGAUUAGCACUAUGGUAGCUCAGUUACUUAUUGUACAGUUUGGAGGGCUUUGGUUUUCUACUAAGGCUUUAACGAUCGACCAGUGGUUGUGGUGCUUUGUAUUCGGCGUUGGCGUUUUGAUCUGGGGACAGGUUGUGGUGACAAUGCCAUCAUCCGGAAUUCCAGAGACGAUGCAGAUUGGCAGCGGUGAACCUGCGCCUGCAGACCAAAUUCUGAGUGGAGAAUUUCAGGAUUCACAGACUCAUGAAAAACGCUCAGGGCAAAUAUUAUGGAUUAGGGGUCUUACACGUCUGCAAACACAGGUAACCUUUUUGAAUUGUUGUUUCAUGCGUGGUAAUAUUCUGCACAGUUAG